GAAGUUUAAGUUUCCACCAUUUUCCUUGAUUUUGUUCUUUUCACUUUCAAGAUAAUGUUUUUUGGUAGAGGGCUCCCUCAACUUGUCUGUGCACUUGUAAUUUUACUGCAUGCGGGAAGUGCUGUUGGAUUCAAUUCAACAUCUGGAGCUGCUGAGGUUAGGUGCAGGGAGAGGGAAAGACAAGCACUUCUCAUGUUCAAACAAAGUCUGGUUGAUAAGCAAGGUGUGCUUUCCACAUGGGGAAGUGAAGAACGGAGAAAGGAUUGUUGCAGCUGGACAGGAGUUAAAUGUAGCAACAGAAGUGGGCACAUAAUUUGGCUUGAUCUUCAUGAUAAAUUUUUAAAUGAGCCAAUUAGUUCACUCAAGCGAUUAAAAUAUCUUAACCUUUCCUUUAAUAGUUUAAGUGGAUCUCUUCCUAGUCUGCUUGGAAACCUUACAAGUCUGCGUUACCUUGAUCUUCGUUUUAAUGAAUUUCACAGUGUUGAAAAUUUUGAGUGGCUCUCUCAUCUUUCUUUUCUGAACUACCUUGAUCUGAGUGGAAUCGACCUUAGUAAGGUUAAUAAUUGGCUGCAGGUGGUUAAUAAGCUUCCUCAUCUAACCAACCUGCAACUCCAUUAUUGUAAUCUUCUAGAUGUCGUUCCUCAACCUCUCCCCAUGAUCAAUACUUCUACUUCUCUUGUUGUCCUUGACUUAUCAAGUAAUAACUUGACUGCCUCAAUGUUUCAAUGGCUUUUCAACUUUAGCAACACCCUUGUCUAUCUCGACCUAUCUGAAAAUCAGUUACAAGGUUUGAUUCCACAAGCGUUUGGUAACAUGAUUUUCCUAGAAGAACUAAGUCUCUGGGGUAAUCAAUUUGAAGGUGGGAUUCAAAAAUUCUUUGGCAACAUGUGCAAAUUAAGGCUUCUAUACCUGUCAUCUAACAAUCUCAAAGGAAUGCUUCCUGAGUUCUUUGGUAACUUAUCCGGAUGUCUACAACUUACCUUGGAGACUUUGGACAUAGAUAAUAACAGAUUCAUGGGACCCUUGCCCGAUGCAAUUAGAAACUUUUCGUCAUUGAAGUUGUUGUCUCUUUCAAGCAAUACACUAAAUGGGACUGUAUCCAACUUGAUCGGACUCUUGUCCAAACUUGAGGAAUUGGAUAUCAGUAACAAUUCCUUUAACGGGGUGAUCAGUGAGGCACAUUUCUCAAAGCUCUCCAAGUUAAAAAGGUUGACAAUGUCUUCUAAUUUUCUGAGUUUCAACAUUAGCCCUGACUGGAUUCCACCUUUCCGGUUGGAUUACAUAGAUCUCCAAUCUUGCAAGUUAGGUCCAAAAUUUCCAAAAUGGUUACAAACUCAAAGAGACUUCUCAUUUCUUGAUAUCUCUAAUAACGAAAUUUCAGAUAGCAUUCCCAAGUGGUUUUGGGACCUAUCUCCUAGAGCGACCUAUGUAAACAUUUCUUCCAACUGCAUCUAUGGAAUUCUGCCAGAUUUGUCAAUGAAGUUUUCUAGUCUUCUUCUUGGGAUAGAUUUGAGUCAAAAUAAGUUGGAGGGUCCAUUACCACUAUUCCCUGCUAAUACCAAUGUAUUAUCACUUUCCAGCAAUGGGUUUUCUGGGAAUAUUUCUUCUCUCUGUUCUAUAACUGGUCAGAACCUUCAGCUCCUUGAUCUUUCAUUCAAUCAACCAUCCGGAGAGCUUCCUCACUGUGUGGCGAGUUGGCCACGUUUAUUGAUUUUGAAUUUGGCUCACAAUCAUUUAUUUGGGGAAAUUCCAAGCUCUAUUGGAUCUCUCAACUCGCUUUCAGCAUUUUCUUUGUGCAAUAACAACUUUUCUGGCGAAAUACCUGGGUCUUUAGGAGACUGCACGCGCUUGGAACUUUUGGACUUGAAUCAUAAUAAUUUCUCGGGACUUGUACCAGACUGGAUUGGAGGAAGAUUGGGUAGCCUAACUUUCCUUCUCCUGCGAUCCAAUAAUUUCUAUGGAGACAUCCCUCUUCAACUUUGCCAUUUGACAAAUAUCAAGGUGCUGGACUUCUCUAACAACAGUCUCUCUGGAAACAUACCAUGGUGCAUUCAUAAUAUGACUGCCUUGACCAGAAGGGAAAGUUUGGUCGAUGAGGGUCGACUUGCUAGAACUGCCCUUUUUGACAAAGCGUCUAUUGUGUGGAAAGGAACAGAAUAUGAAUUUGGAAAAAAUCUCUGGCAUCUGAGGCUCAUUGAUCUUUCAAGCAACAAAUUAACCGGGGAAAUUCCACAGCAGAUUUGUAGUCUCUUUGAACUGGUGCAAUUGAAUUUAUCAAGAAAUCAAUUGACAGGAAGGAUUCCAAAAGAUAUAGGACAGAUAAGAAGCUUAGAAUCACUUGAUCUGUCAGGAAACAAGCUUUCAGGUCAGCUUCCUUUAAGCAUGUCCCAGUUGAGUUUUCUCAAUACCUUGAACCUAUCAAACAACAACUUUUAUGGGAGAAUUCCGUCAAGCACCCAAUUGCAGAGCUUUUCUGCCUAUGCAUUUAUUGGUAAUUCUGCACUAUGUGGGCCUCCGCUAACACCAGCAUGCCCAGAAGAUGAAAAACCGUCAGAUGGUGGAGGCAGUUCUGGCUUUAAAGUUGGAUCAUCCAUGGAAAUAUGUCUGUAUCCUGCUAUUCAACUACAUGAAGUUCCACCUCAGCAACUUGAAGGACAAACUCUGUUGGAUGGUGGAAGUACUUGGUUUGGCGGUAAAAGUGAAUGCUACCAGAUUACGAAGAAAGUUGUGGUUUUAAGACGCAUCACUCUCUUUGGAGUACCGUGGGAAGUGGGUUCAAAAUGUUUGUCAAGGCUUCAGCCUUCAAGGACUCAACUUCUCUGUUGAAGUGAGAUUCCAGCAUUUCUUUUCUACCCUCACAGUAUUCCACAUCUGGCUUCCUUUCUGAGUAGAAGUGUAUUUCUUUUUUCUACAUAUGUGUGUGCAUGUUAUGUUGUGGUCUAAAUGGAUGUUUAUGUCUUGUGUUGUAUUAGCUUUCAUCCACACUUGUGUUGGAUGGUUUGUUUAUGUUUUCCGUACGGGCAAUAAUUCAAUAAAAACAGCUAUGCAAA